UUGCCGGUAAUAUAAUCUUUUCACUCAAUCAUGGACGUAUAUACUCAGUAUUUAUAUACAUCCUGAGUCAAUAUGAUUUUUUUUCUCGUUAAAACCAUACACACGUUAUAUUUUAAAUACACUAUCAUAUGCAGGUAAGUUAUAAAGGUAAUGGUACGGUUCUGUGUCAAUACACCUGGAGGGGACUCUCUUUAUGUUAUUAUUUUAUGGCUUUGUUUUAUUGUUUAGAAAACUGAAUUUCAUUUACACAAAUAACGCUUAUUUAUGAUCAGGUUUAGAUAAGAGUCAAAGAAGAUAAUUUUGUACAUAAAUGUAGACAUAUUGGAUUUGCAUGAUCAGAGCUUAGAACUUUACAAUGAUGAAUGCAGUAAGGUGACAAAUCACAUACUUCUUCAUUGGAGAUCAACCACUUGAAACAUUGAUCUCAAUGUUUUACCCAUGUCAAUGUAAAUAAGAAAGGAAGAACAGAAAAGAAAAAGUUGAACCCUGGCUAUUAAAUUAAUAAGGUUUGAAGAUUAUCCAUGUAUUAUAGGAUGUAGAAGCAGGUGUUUGUUUCUACGUGAAUGAAAUAUGUGUUCAGCAUCCUUAAAGUCAUGUAUCGGGUAACAUGUGUCCUGUAAGAACUAGUGAACUGUAAGGUACAACUAUUAAUAAAAGUUGGACAAACAUUUAGCAAUUGAUAUAAUUUAGAUGCAUUGGAAUUUAAACUGUACAAUGGUACUUUGGGUGGAACCGCAACAUAUUUCACAAGGUGCUUAAAGUCAGGCUGGGGUCUAGAGGAACAAGAAUUUGGGUCCCUGCUCUCGAGCAACAUGGUCUAUUAUCACCUUAAUAUGAAUGGAUAAUGGCUAGCAUUGAAUGUAUUUAAAUAGUUAAUGCCUACAUUAUGUACAUCCCGAGUAUAGGCUAUUUACCCAUAGUUAUAUAAAGUCAUUCAGUCCUGACCGCUAAUUUAUAUGUUGUACAAGGGAAGGUAGUAGAGUUAAAUGCUUGCAACAUUUCUACAUCACCAAGCAUAAUAUCAUUAAUAUUUGUAUACAUUAAAUCUAUGUACAAUUGCUUAAACAAAAAAUUGUGCCAACUGAAUUUGAGUCUAUUUCUUGGAAGAAAAAUGGUUAAGUUCAACCAGUAUUUUAGAAUGGAUUAUGAUUUAAAAAAGAAAUUAGAUACAGGUUAUAUAAUAUCUCUUUAAACGCUAUUGAGAAAGUUUACCCUGUGCAAAGAACACAUGUUAAAUAAAACUUGUGCAUUUUUGUGCUAUAAACAUAUAUUAAGGUGAAUUUCAUCCUCUAUCAGAAAUGUUAAUAGAAUUGUCGGAAUUGAUGUGAACUGAGUUUGACAAGCAUUACUAAUGUGACCCUAUGUUAAUGUUGUCUUUCCUCUUUUGUCAUCCAGAUGUUUAUCAAAUUACACCUUGUCAAGCUUUACAAUUAUGAUCCUUUUUCAUUGUUUGUUUCAAAAACUUGAGAUCCUUUGAAUGUGUUAUGUCCUAAAUCUUAAGUCAGUGGUAAGCCUAUUUUUAGCAAAAUUUUCCUCUUUCAAUUUCACUGCAACAGUUUUGGUCCCUUUGUUGAUGAGUUCACUUGAUUUACCUUUCCUAUAAUUUGUGAAUUUUGUGACAGUCCCUCAAUCAUUACCUACUUCACAGGUAGACCGUCAGUAACUUUUGUGACAGUCCCUUGAUUGUAUGCACUAGAUAAGUGAAUUUUGUGACAGGUCCCUGAAAUAUGGAUAACUUUCUGCACAUGUGUACAAAUCGUAGAGUCACUCUUAAUACCUGAAGGGACAGUGUAUAGUAAGGUUUGGAGUGGUCCCUACGGUGUGGAGUGGAGGGUUGGUCCAAUUAAUUAGGGUUAAACAUGUUAAACCUGUUUAAUAUACAUUUUGACAACAAUGGCCUGUGCCCUAAAGAUAAACAUGAUAGCUAGGCCUGUCCCUUCUGUAGGAAGUUUACGAGCCACGUACAUUACUACCAGUGUGUAAUACAGGACUCCUGAUUCAGGCUGCAACAUAUAAUACUCCAAGUCCAGUUUAUCUUCAAAGGAUUAAACUGGAGUAGUGAUAUGUUUUCACCUGGAUGAUUUUGUGGUGCUAUAGGACAGAUGUGUAUGUGAUAUAAUCAGCGGUAUAAUUUUACGACCACAGUAACGAGGGAAGUGUCAUUCUCAUUGUGGGAGUAAGUCUGAUAUGAUAAUCAGCUGUUUUGGACAGUGAAACAGGACCCAGAGCUUGCAUGUUGAUGAAAUUUUUAUGAAUGUAACAGGAAUCAUGCCUCGUGCUGCACUGCGAUCCUCAUCAGCUGCUGCACUUCAUAAAGUCAGCCUAGAGCGUGUGAUCGGGCUGACGGUCAGUACGAAUGCGACCUUGGCCUGUGACCCCAACACUGGAACAAUCGCUUAUCCUGCAGGAUGUGUUGUGGUUUUGUUCAACCCGCGGCGCAACAAGCAGUCUCACAUCUUCAACACCUCCAAGAAAACCAUCACCUCCCUGGCCUUCUCUCCUGAUGGCAAGCAGCUUGUUACUGGGGAGACUGGCCACCAGCCGGCAGUGCGAGUGUGGGAUGUGGCGGAGAAAACACAAGUGGCAGAAUUCCACGGACACAAGUUCGGAAUUGUCUGUGUUAAAUUUUCCCCCUCCCUGAAGCACCUGGUGUCCGUGGGAUCCCAGCAUGAUAUGAUGGUCAAUGUAUGGAACUGGAAAACAGGCACCAAAGUAGCAUCUAACAAAAUCAGUAGUAAGGUUAACUCCAUUGCUUUCUCUAAAGAUGGUUCCAUGUUUGUCACAGUUGGAAAUCGUCAUGUCAAAUUCUGGUAUUUGGAGAGCAGUAAAACAAAGAUAAAUGAGACUGUGCCUCUCCAAGGAAGGAAUGGUAUUCUAGGAGACCACAAAAAUAACUACUUCUCUGAUGUUGCCUGUGGAAAGGCAGUGUAUGCUAUCACACAGACCGGGCUACUGUGUCAGUUCAACGACAAACGUCAACUUGACAAGUGGGUGGAGCUACGGAGAAUCGCAGAGAGUGACUACAAAACCACCAAUGCUACAUGUGUUUCGGCUGGAGAGGACAACAUAUUUAUUGGCUGUGCCAAUGGUGUUGUCCGGAUUUUCGAUGCUGUUAAUCUUAAUUAUGUGGCCACAAUGCCCCGCCCCCAUCAGCUGGGGGUGGAUGUGGCCUCAGCUCUCAGUCCCAGUCAGCUGAUCUCCCAGACUGAGGAUGCCAAAUUCCCUGACACAGUGGCUGUUAGCUACAACGACUUCCAUAAAAAGGUGACAUGUAUAUACAACGACCACAGUCUGUAUGUGUGGGACGUCCAUGAUGUGAGGAAAGUCGGCAAAUCAUGGUCCUUCCUGUACCACAGCAGCUGUGUCUGGGGCCUGGAGGUGAAUCCAGCCACAACAGAAGAAAUGAACCCCAUUCUGCCGUCCGAUUCAUUCAUGACGUGUUCCUCUGACGACACCAUUCGGAUUUGGAAUCUAGAUCCUCACAUGGUGGAAACUGAGAGUUCUAAAAGGAAUGUGUACUCUAAUGAAUUACUGAAGGUGAUCUAUGUAGAUCCUUCCUUGACCUGUCUGAAAGAUGUCAAUUACAACCCAGCUGGAGGUACAGACAAAACAGAUACAAACUAUGAUGGCAAGAAUGGAAUUAGGUCGAUUGGGAUCAGUCCAGACGGACGGCACUUGGCCUCUGGGGACAGGAUUGGGAACGUCAGGGUUCAUGACUUAAUCAACAUGCAAGAGAUUAUGAAGAUAGAGGCUCAUGACCAGGAAAUUCUUUGUGUUCAAUACUCAGAUUUAAAUACAGGUCCGCAGCUGCUGGCGUCCUCCAGUCGUGACCGCCUGAUCCAUGUCUUCGACGUGGAGCAACGCUACGGUUUACUGCAGACCCUGGACGAUCAUUCCAGUUCAGUUACCGCCAUAAAGUUCACGGAGAAUGACGGACAAAUCAAAAUGCUCAGCUCCAGCGCAGACAAGUCCGUUCUGUUUCGUAAUGCACAAAUGACUCCAACAUUCCAGUUUGUUCUAGCUAACCAGCAUGUUGUAGGAAAUAACAGCUUAUAUGACAUGGACAUUGAACCUUCCCAAAGGUUCUUAGCGACUGCAUGUCAGGACAGAAACAUUAGAAUCUACAAUAUUAAAUCUGCCAAGCAGAAGCAGUGUUACAAGGGAGCUGUGGGAGACAGUGGAGUCCUCCUCAAGCUCCAGCUAGACCCAUCCGGUCAGUUUGCCGUCACAAGCUGUACCGACAAAAGUCUUGCCCUGCUCGACUUUAAAACCGGCGACUUGCUGGCCACCAUGUUUGGUCACUCAGAGCUGGCUACGGGGGUCAAGUUCAUGCCCGACCUGAAGAGGCUCGUGUCUGUGUCCAGUGAUGGCUGUAUCUUUGUCUGGAGGCUGCCCCCGGAGCUGACCGAAUCCAUGAAGGGAAGGCUUGAGGAGAUGGGGAAACUUCCAAUGGAGGCGGUCAAUGGGGACAUCAAUAGGAAACCCAAUAACUAUGAUGAGGCACUUGGAAGAGCUCCGCUGUUUCCAAAUGAAGAGGUGAUAAAAACACCGACCAAGAUACUGGAGGAAUUACAGAAAAAGAGAGAAAAAGAACAACCAGACUUUAGAUACAGUAUAGGACCACUACCCAACUGGGCCAAAGCUAAGAUGGGAGAAAAUAGUAAUGGACAACAGAAAGUGGACAACAAGCCACAGCCCCGAGGCCGAUGGGCGAGGCGUAUAGAUAGUGGGGAGGACCUGAGUCAGCUGGAAAUAGCUGAGAGCAGAGAUGACCAGAAGGCCCAGAAAGUGAGACGAGAGACAGUGAUUCUGAAACAGGCCGAGAACUCACCUAGGAAAAUUCCCAGAAUUCCAGGAAAAGAUGAAGAUGAUGAAGAUUUCUUCCCUCAGAUACAGAAGGAUGGUGAGAAUUCCUCGGACCUGAAGGACCUCCAGUGGUCCCGCCUCUCCUUCCACCGCAGUCAGGAUGACCUGGACGACCUUGAUGAGGAGUCCCAGGAGGUCAUUUACUACCCACCUAGUGAGGCAUCAGUGGACACCAACAGUAGCUCCUUCACAGUGUUUUCUGGGCAGGGCCUGAGGAAGCUACCCCGAGGAUCGAGUCGGAGUUCACUGUCUGAACGACCCCCUGAUGCAGAGUCCUCAAGCACGGACCCUGUGUCAGUGGAGGAGUUGGAUGAUGAGGAGGACCCAGGAGACAUCCCCUCCCUCCCCACCACCCCUGGGGACGAGCUGGGCAAGACCCCUGACAGGGAGAAAUUCCUGAAGGACACGUUUGAGAACCUGAGCUUCACCCCCGAGAGUAAGGAGAGGUUUAAGAAGAGUUUGGAUGAAGAGGAGAGAAAGCAGGAGGAAGCGGAGGAGGCGGGCGGCUUCAACCCGCGACAGAGCAUCUCCACCAAGUUCCUGUCCCGCUCCCAGCAGGCCAAUAUCAAGAAUAUAGCCCAGAAACAAGACAACUGGUUUGAUUCACUUCAGAGGAGGAGGGAUGUAAUGGCGCGAGCUGUAGACGAGACACGCAAAACACUGAUGGCAAUGGGAUGGAAGGACCAAAGUCCAGAGUCGGAGGCCGAUCCUCGACACAGUCCAGUCCAGGAAGUUCCUGAGGUUAGGCGGUCACUGGAGCGAGAGGACAUUCCAAACAGCCCUAGAACACCAACAUCUCUUCGAAGGUGUUGGUCAACCUUUGACCUUCCCAAACAGCCAAUCCAGGAGGAGCAUCCGGUUACUGUUCCCUUCACUGCUCACACCCCCUCCACAAAGGGUAACAGUCGCACUGUAGACUCCUCCUCUUCUUCACCUCCGCGGUGGCGUAGCCGGAUACCCACCCCUCAGUCUCUGUCUAGAUCCACACCCCAGUCCGGAAAUGCCCUGACCAGUGACAGUGAUGACUCGUCCUCUGGAGGUCGACCCACUAGAAGGUCAAGGCCAAGUACACUCUCAGUCAGCCGUGAAGAGAGGAAAAAACUAGAACCUCGAUCUCACUCACACAGCUCUUCGUACAGAAAGCAGACAUCGAGCUCACAGGCUCGACUGUCUACAGAGCGCAGGGAGCUUGGAAAUGGACUCAGUAAGAGUACGUCCAUGACCAACCUCAACAACAACGGGGGCAAGAAACAGAGCACCAAGACUCGGACCGGCAAACCACUGUCCAAGUCUGCAGCAUACGCCUCCACACCCAAUCUCCUGAGUGCACUCAGUGACACCUCAGAAGACUUGGAGCUGGACAAUACUAUUGUGAGUGGGAACUUGUCAAACAGUGUUCCAGAUCUGUUGGAUGAGGACCCGCAGAAAGUUAAGUCUAAGAGAGGCGAGGCUGCAAAGUUACUGCCUGAAACUAAGAGGUUUUCCACAGGUACACCCAAACGAGUGAAUUCGGCCUCAGAGCUUGGAAAGAAACCGGCUCGUAUGUCAUUACCAGGGAGACAGAUCUUGUCAGACAAGAGUGACAAAGAACUGAUGCCCCCUCCUCCCACUACAAAUAUCAGUGUGACCAAGUCCAAACAAAGUGUCUUUAUCAAGCGAGCGACGCGGUCUCAGACUCGUAGCAAACAAGAACUCACACUGGACCAGGCUAAAAAUAUCCUCAAGGGAAAUUCUGGAAUUUUACCUCAGAAACAGGGCUCUAGUCCUCCAGUGAGCGAAAAUGUCAGAUCUACUCCGCCCUCGGGCAAAUCCAUUCCCAAAGUGACUUCUCCCCCAGUGCAUUUGACAAGUAAUAUUCUUGAGAUUGCCACUGAAAUUGAGAUGACAGCUGAUGAACUCAGGAGACAGAAGAUUGAGUCAGCGUUUCAGAACUUGUCUGCAUUAGAUGCCAGCCCUAACGAUUUACCUGAGAAAGACUAUACUCCUCAGAACCACAACUCAUCGAUAACUUCUCUGACUUCCGUGUCGACUCUGUCCAACAAUCAGUUGUCCCCUCCUGAUUAUCUUGCCAAUUCACUUCCUGCUCACAACGACACUCCAUUGAAUGACUCUUGGAACAGCACACUCACGAGCCACUCAGACAAUGAGUUGGACAACACACCAUCCAAGAGUAUCAAAGAGAGAAUAGCUCAGCUCACAUCUCGCUCCAGCCCACAGCCGGCUGUGACGAGUAGUCCGUCAUCUCUGGCAAUGUACUCACCUGGGUCUAAUGCCAGCCAGUACAGUUCAGGGGUGGGCUCGAGUUUGGACUCAGAGACAGCCACUAGAAUGUUCCAAGGAAUCAGCCCCCCAACAAACUCACACAGGAGCCAGGAAAACAGCUACACCCUGGAGCAUGCCUUGAAUGUGGUGUCCCAGUCGUCCAGUACAUACCUGACCACGGCGACAGAGACCAUCCCCACCAUUAGACAGACCCCCGCCCACUCACCCCACCCCUCCAACAGGUCCAUCUCACUGUCUUCCUCUCACUCCACCGUCACCCCCUCACCCACUCAGAGUCCUCGGACGACCAACGACAUUACACUUAGUAUGGAGGCCAUCAAAGAUCUCAAGAAAGCAGUGUCCGUGGUGACAGACACUUACAAAAAGCUACAGGAGCAUAGUAAUGGGGCUCAGUCGGAGGGGUUACAGAUGUUGACGGACGCCAUUCAAGAAUGCUCAUCAGAAAUGGCCAGUCUUCUCCCAGACAAAUUCUCAACCAACCAUUACACCGAAAUCAAAGACUUGAUUCGUCAGAAUCAACAGAUACUAACAACCAAUCAACAGAUGCUAAAAUCUCUGAUGGUGCCAAAGUGACCCAGUGUUAAUGACAUUGUUAUAUUAUCAUUGCCUUGUAAUCUGUAACAAGUGUCAACAUAUCGGAGGAAGUGAAUUCUGCUGCUUCGUCUCGACCAAUUGUGUCUCGAUGUUUUCCUGCAAUUUUUUCCUGACCAUUUUGGUGUACAAAAGGGCUUUAACUUUUUUACUGAGAUUUGUAUCCAUUUGGUUGUCAUUCCCUUUUACAUGAUUGUAUCAAUUUAUUAUGGUAUCUGUGGUCUAUACAUGUAUCUGAUUAUUAUCUAUUGAUUAUUAUACAAUGUCUUGUAUCAAUUAUUAACUUUGGUUUAUCAUGUUUGGUUUAAUAUUUUUUACUAUAUAUUCCAUGAUUUUGCUUUGCAUUGUUUUAAUUGUGUUCACGAUUCAUUUAUACUGAAGUAAGCUAUGGUUGUGAUGAAUUAAUGACAAAGUACCCUUGUCUAGUCAUGCUCUGUCUCCUUGUACUCUGUCUGGUCAGUAGGUCACUGUCCGGUCAGUAGGUCACUGGUGUAGCUUGUUCAUCAAGUGGCUGUGACAUUUAUCUUCAAUAACAAACCUCAACCUCCAAUAAAAAUCUCAAGGAAACCAUGGAAAUUGCAUGGUGGUAGAAUGUCAAAAAAUAUACAAGUUCAAUAACUCUUGGUCAUGUAAAAAUGUACAUUCAUUGGUAUUUUUUUUUCUAAAAUAGUUUGAUCAUAGUAAUUUUCCCCCCAAAAUGUUCUACCUCUUCUUUUUUACACGUGGUUGUGAAAACAGAGUGUUUUGUAGGAUUUGUUGAGAUUUGUAGAAAAAAAAAUCUUAUGUAGUAUAUUUAUAUUUCCAGCAAAUCUAUCUUUUUUGUUAAUUCAACAUUAAGACAUAAAUUAUCAAGACUAAUCACCCAUUUAAACUUUACUUUUAAGUGUAAAAAUAAUUUUCAAAAAGAAAUCCAAAUUAUAAUUAAAAUGCACAAAAAUUCAGCAUACUGUGCAGGACAUACUUUACCAAAUUUAUGAAGCAAUGCAUUAAUGCCAACAAGAGUCUUCAGUAGCAGUUCUUUCUGUUCCCAGAUGAUGUAAAAUGAUCUCAGUAAUAACAUGGACAGCUAAAUGCCUAACAUUCCAUUCAGCAGAUUAUGCAGAUAUUGUAAAUACUGUUCUUAUACUGACAGCAAUAAACCCAGCUUGAAUUCAUGGGUCCUUCUAACCUUGGGGAUAUUUCUUUUUUUUUUUUCAUUUACAGUUCUUAAGGUUGUCAGAAAUAAGUCAGGUGUUUGUGGGAAGUUAAGUAUUUGUAAAAUACUGUCAUCUUUCAUCUGUAGAAAGUUAGAAUUAUGGGCUGUACAGGAUGUCAUGGAAACUGGGCGACCACCAUGAUGUGCCAUAGAGGACAAAUCAUCACCAUGGUGACAUUAAUUUCAUCAUGUGACAAAUGUUGGAGUGCUUUAUGAUCAAAAAAUGAAGUGCUUGUAUAUUUAUGGAAACAUGCUAUCAUUCUAUGCAAAUGUGUUGACUAUUUGUUACAAUAAAUUAUUUAAAUUUA